AGUAGGAGUGGAGAGCGUGUGUGAGUGACUCUGUGUGUGUGUGUGUGUGUGUGUAUGUGUGUGUGAAGAAUGCAUACUAUCUCAUGUUGGUGAAUGUGUGCUUACUCCCUGACCAGAUGCUGCGGUGCACGGGGCAGCCACCAUCUCUGCAUGUGUGUCUGUGAUGUCUUCCAAGCGACCAGCCUCUCCGUAUGGGGAAGCAGAUGGAGAGGUAGCCAUGGUGACAAGCAGACAGAAAGUGGAGGAAGAGGAGAGUGACGGGCUCCCAGCCUUUCACCUUCCCUUGCAUGUGAGUUUUCCCAACAAGCCUCACUCAGAGGAAUUUCAGCCAGUUUCUCUGCUGACGCAAGAGACUUGUGGCCAUAGGACUCCCACUUCUCAGCACAGUACAAUGGAAGUUGAUGGCAAUAAAGUUAUGUCUUCAUUUGCCCCACACAACUCAUCUACCUCACCUCAGAAGGCAGACGAAGGUGGGCGGCAGAGUGGCGAGUCCUUGUCUAGCACAGCCCUGGGGACACCUGAGAGACGCAAAGGCAGCUUAGCUGAUGUUGUCGACACCUUGAAGCAGAGGAAGAUGGAAGAGCUCAUCAAGAAUGAGCCAGAAGAAACCCCCAGUAUUGAAAAGCUACUCUCAAAGGACUGGAAAGACAAGCUUCUUGCAAUGGGAUCAGGGAACUUUGGUGAAAUAAAAGGGACUCCUGAAAGCCUUGCUGAGAAGGAGAGGCAGCUCAUGGGUAUGAUCAAUCAGCUUACCAGUCUCCGGGAGCAGCUGCUGGCUGCCCAUGAUGAGCAGAAGAAGCUAGCUGCAUCUCAGAUUGAGAAACAGCGCCAGCAAAUGGAGCUGGCCAAACAGCAGCAAGAACAGAUUGCAAGACAACAGCAGCAGCUUCUGCAGCAACAACACAAGAUAAAUUUGCUUCAACAACAGAUCCAGGUUCAAGGUCAGUUGCCGCCAUUAAUGAUUCCCGUGUUUCCUCCCGACCAACGGACAUUGGCCGCAGCUGCCCAGCAAGGAUUCCUCCUUCCUCCAGGCUUCAGCUAUAAGGCUGGAUGUAGUGACCCUUACCCUGUUCAGCUGAUCCCAACUACCAUGGCAGCUGCUGCCGCAGCAACACCAGGCUUAGGCCCUCUCCAACUGCAGCAGUUAUAUGCUGCCCAGCUAGCUGCAAUGCAGGUUUCUCCAGGAGGAAAGCUCCCAGGCAUACCCCAAGGCAACCUCGGUGCUGCUGUAUCUCCUACCAGCAUUCACACAGACAAGAGCACAAACAGCCCGCCACCCAAGAGCAAGGAUGAAGUGGCACAGCCACUGAACCUAUCAGCCAAACCCAAGACCUCUGAUGGCAAAUCACCCACAUCACCCACCUCUCCCCAUAUGCCAGCUCUGAGAAUAAACAGUGGGGCAGGCCCCCUCAAAGCCUCUGUCCCAGCAGCAUUAGCUAGUCCUUCAGCCAGAGUUAGCACAAUAGGUUAUUUAAAUGACCAUGAUGCUGUCACCAAGGCGAUUCAAGAAGCCCGGCAGAUGAAGGAGCAGCUUCGGCGGGAGCAGCAGGUGCUGGAUGGGAAGGUGGCCGUUGUGAACAGUCUAGGCCUCAAUAACUGCAGGACAGAAAAGGAAAAAACAACACUGGAGAGUCUGACUCAACAACUGGCAGUUAAACAGAAUGAAGAAGGAAAAUUUAGCCACGCCAUGAUGGACUUUAACAUGAGUGGAGAUUCUGACGGAAGUGCUGGAGUCUCAGAAUCAAGAAUUUAUAGAGAAUCCAGGGGGCGUGGUAGCAACGAACCUCACAUAAAGCGCCCUAUGAAUGCCUUCAUGGUAUGGGCUAAAGAUGAACGAAGGAAGAUCCUCCAGGCCUUUCCUGACAUGCACAACUCCAACAUCAGCAAGAUAUUGGGAUCUCGCUGGAAAGCUAUGACCAACCUAGAGAAACAGCCAUACUACGAGGAACAAGCCCGCCUCAGCAAGCAGCACCUGGAGAAGUACCCCGACUACAAGUACAAGCCCAGGCCGAAACGCACCUGCCUCGUGGACGGCAAGAAGCUGCGCAUUGGGGAGUACAAGGCCAUCAUGCGCAACAGGCGGCAGGAGAUGCGGCAGUACUUCAACGUGGGGCAACAAGCACAGAUUCCCAUCGCCACGGCGGGAGUUGUGUACCCGGGAGCCAUCGCCAUGGCGGGAAUGCCCUCCCCUCACCUGCCCUCCGAGCACUCAAGCGUGUCCAGCAGCCCGGAGCCUGGAAUGCCUGUUAUCCAGAGCACUUACGGUGUGAAAGGAGAGGAGCCACAUAUCAAAGAGGAGAUACAGUCUGAGGACAUCAACGGAGAAAUAUAUGAUGAGUACGAUGAGGAAGAGGAUGAUCCAGAUGUAGAUUAUGGGAGUGACAGUGAAAACCAUAUUGCAGGACAAGCCAACUGAUAAGGGACAAGAUAUUGUUGUGACCUUAGGACUUCAAGAAGCCCUAGCUGGUUCAUCCUUACCAGUGGCCAAGCACAUUAACUUUCUCAUACACUGACUGUUACUUUAACUGUUAGUCUUAAAUAGUUGGGACAUCAGCUGACUAAUAGACCUCAGCCUCAAAAGGCUUGAAAGGAAAAAAAAAAUACAACAAUCAAACAACAAUAUCAACAACAAGGAGAAUGAAAUAAGCUAUGGGUAAAAUAUGCCAGUAAUUCAGCUGCUACAUCCAAGCACUGAAGUCUUACCCGUCAACUUUUUUUUUUUUUUUUAAAUAAACUUUAUGGCUGUUUGUUCUACAAUGUUCUAGAAAUUCUCACUCAGGUACACAGUGCCAACAAGUGGCUUGUGAAUGUGUUUUGUUGUUUUGUGCUACAAUUUUUAAAAGGAAUAAGUUUUGUUUUGUUCUUUGGGGUUUCUGGGUUUUUUCCUUUUCCUUUUUUUUCUUCCUUUUCUUCUCUUUUUUUGGUAACGCACCUGACAGAAAAAAAGAAAGAUGAGUUUCUCUUCUCUCCGCCUUCUCCAUCUCUACACUCUAAGAUGGAAGUCUGUGCAUGGGGAGGAGAGAGGGAAUAAGACCCUGUUUUUAACUUCCUUGCUAUCCACCACAAAAUCAGCAACUACUUUCUUUAGAGGAUUUUCCUUAUCUGUUGCACACCACACUACAUCUUUGAGCAAGUGCCAAAUUUGUACUGAAGUGUUGACCCAGUUCAUUCCCCCCCGCCCUAUCUUUCUUAAGUUAGGACAGUGUUAUAUCUUAGACAAUCCCUUAAAAAAACCUGAAAUACCAGCAGCUGGUGAGAUUUGACUUUUUUUUUUUUUUUUUUUUUUAGUGGAAACUGUAGGUGCUGUUCUCAGGUGAAAAGAGAGAGAGAGAGACAUAAGAAAUUUAGAGAAAAAAUAUUUUCUGAUCUUGGAUUUUUGUGUGUAUGUAUGUGUGUGAUUAAGGUACUAAUAGAAAUAACCUUGGACCAUUGUGAGUUAAACCCACAUCUGGGGAUGAAAUCCCACAUCCUCCUAAGUGACUGGUCUGGAAGCAACCUUGACCUUGACUUUGCACUUCAAAUGACAACCAGUGUAGGGCUCAGAAAUUUUAUUUUUAAAUUUCUAUUACAAUGAUUAUUGGGCAGAUCAGGUGGCCCUGUGUAUUAGAGGUGUGUGUAGAACAUGGAAGCUACAAGUGAGCUGCUCCCAGAUGUCCCUCCUUCCCGAUUAUUUGGUUCCACUGAUGUUUGCUACUUCAUGAUUACUCUUUGUUUUUCUUGUUGAUAACUCUGAAGAAAGUGAUCAUCGUUUUCUUUACUAUGUGACCAUUUUCCAGAAACACAAAAUUAUAUUUUCAACAUUCCAUCUUUUCCUCAUCAGGAAAUGGGAACUGGUGAUUUUAUAGUACAUCUUCCAUAUCUACAUGAAACAAGUAGAGGCCAUUAGCAUUUAAGAAUCGUAGGCCACGUGCAUCUCAUGCCAUGCAAAGCAGGAUUCAAUCAAAAAUCAUAGCAUCCCAACCAGUGAAGCCUGGUCAAGUCCUAUGACCAUGGCCACUACUCACCCUUUGCUUGCUGUGUGUUGGGUCCCCUGAAAUCCAACUGGAUUCCAGCAGAGUCUGUGCAUACAGCAGCAACCUAUGGGCCAGCCAAACGUCACAGCAGUUGUAGGGUCUAUACAAAUAAAUCAAAAUUCACUAAAAGUCAGUCGCCAUUAUUUGUGCUGGGGCAUCAGACAGUAAAUCCUGCAAAUAGUAGCUUGGAUGAUGUGCAGUGGUUUCACUCCAGUCAUCAUUUUCUGUCCACCACCCCCUCCCCACCCUCAAAACCUGACCCUAAAGUUUCGUUUUUUUUUUAUAUGAAGCAGAAAAAAAUAUUUUUUUUUCUUUUUUAACUUUUAGUUUUCUCUCUCUCAAAAGACUUGCUCUAGGGUUUUGUUUGGAGGAGCUGAUCACAUCCUGCAUGUCAGAAAUUUGUUUUGUUUGUUCUUCUGUUUGUUUUUUGAUGACUGUAUAUUCAU